AAAAAACAAAAAAACAAAACACCAACAAUUAAAAAUGUAGCCCCCACACCACACAACUCUCACCAUUAAACCCCUCUUUUUAAUUUCACUCGCUCACUCACAUUCCCAAAUCCCUCAGCACAAAACCCCUCAAUGGCCACGGCGGCGGCGGCGACCCUUCCUCUCCUCCUCCUCCUCCACCUCGUUCUCCUCGCCUUUCCGACAUCCUCGUCGGGCUCCACAAUCCACGACCUUCUCAGAAGCCGAGGUCUGCCGGCGGGUCUCUUCCCCAAGAACGGCAUCAGCUCAUACGAGCUCGGCCAAGAUGGGAUUUUGCAGGUCUACUUGGACCGGCCCUGCGUCGCGAAAUUCGAGACCAGGGUUUCGUUCGAGAGCGUGGUCAGAGCCAAUUUGAGCUAUGGCGGGCUCAUAGGAGUCGAGGGUUUGUCUCAAGAGGAGCUCUUUUUGUGGCUGCCUGUUAAGGACAUCAUCGUCUAUGACCCUUCAUCUGGGCUCAUCUUGUUCGACAUUGGCGUUGCGCAUAAACAGAUGUCGCUUUCGUUGUUCGAGGAGCCUCCGAUUUGCUAUCCUCAAGGUGAGGUGUUGGAGGAGAAUUUGGAAAUGGGGUUUGAGUUUGAAGAUAAGAGAUGAGGGUGUUUUUGGAAAUUUCUUUGCUUUUAUCAUUUUUAUUUUUGCUGAUUUUUGUGGGUGUGCCCUCAUUUUGCAGUUUGUGUGUUCAGAAUUGGAAAAGUGGAAUGGGAGAGUGAUUUUGUAAUAUAGAAGAAAAGAAGUUUUUGUAGAUUUUGUAAAAAAGAUGGUUACUGACUAUUGGGUUUUUGGGGAGAUAAAUGAUAAGAUUUUGGGAUUUUCUGAAUUUGUGAGCAUGAUAUCUGUUCUGGCUCUGCUGAAACUUCUUAAUUUUAGUGCAAUCUUGAAACUUGGAAAUGUAUCAAACAAAUUAAUUUUACUAGAAUCUUGAAAUUUGAGUACUGAAAGGUAAAAGUUGAAUAGAUU